AUGGUUUUUGACCCUCUCUUCAACGUGCCUCGUUCCACUGUGAAAACAACAGCGACAACAAGUCCUUCUAGACCAAAGGAAGUUAAAACUAUUUUAUUCUACACGUCCUUCUUCGGUCAACUCCCAUGGCCUCACACUAUUGGAAGAGAGAAAAACCUAACUGACUUCAGUAACAGACCAUGUAAAAUUGCUGCUUGUAACUUCUCUAUUUCAAAAGAUGAUAUCUCGAGAAGUAGUGUCGUGGUUUUCCAUGGUUAUUUCACACCAUCUCCCAUGGAAAUGAAAGCGCUUGUUUUGAAGAAACCCAGAGGACAGAUGUGGGCAUGGUUCAAUGAAGAAAGUCCUGCAUCAACAAGCUAUCCACUGAAUAAGUUAAAAAACAUGUUUGAACUAACCAUCACACAUCUCCACGAGUCAGACAUUCACACACUCUAUGGGGACUACUUCAGCUUGAACCACAAAUCCAAGAUUGAGGCCCAAAAGCUUUAUUCCAAUAGAAACUUUACGGAAGGUAAAGAUCGACUAGUGCUUUGGCUCGCUAGCAACUGCCGUAAAGCUGCAUCUCUUCGACUUAACAUUGUAAAGGAAAUUGCUAAGUAUAUCCAAGUGGACGUAUAUGGAGGUUGCCAAAAAUAUUUCAAGCAAACAGGGAGAUGUUGGCGUCGAACUCGCGACUGCCAGAGGCUGAACGAAAGGUAUAAAUUCUAUCUUUCUUUUGAGAAUUCCAAUUGCAAGGGAUAUUUGACCGAAAAAUAUUGGGAAAAUGCUUUGGAUAGAAAUGUGGUUCCCGUUGUCAUCGCUGGAAGCUACAACAAAGACGUUUUGAUUCCUGGCUCGUACAUUGAUAUUCUUGACUUUCCUAACGCCGAAGCUCUGGCAAAAUACCUUCAUUACCUGGAUAAGAAUGAAACUGCAUACAACAGCUACUUUGAGUGGAAAACGAAAUAUGGAUACACGAGAGAAACAAACUGGAUUUGUGAUUUGUGCGAGUAUUUGCACACAAACAAAGCGAAAGAUACUACCUGGGACUUAGGUAUAUUGUGGGGCGAAAAGGAGAAUUGUCAUGCUGAUGAUUAUCGCAUAAAUAUCUGGAUUAAUCGCACGCGUCCUUAG